AACAACAUAAUAUAAUACUAUACUAGUUAUAGAAAAAAAAUAUUAAAAAAAAUAUAUAGAGAAACCGACAUAACAUCGCGCGAUCCAUCUGCGCAUGGAUGGACACAAAAACCAAACCGAUGUUGGGAAGACCGUCUUCUCUAUUUAAUUAGCUCUCAUUUUUCCCCUUUUCAAUUUCAUCAUCCCUCUUCCCCCCACACACAUAACUAUUAUUAUUAUUAUUCAAGAUUUGAGAGAAGUGAAGAGGCGCAUACAAUCAAGAACACAUAGAGAGAGAUUGAGAUUCACACAUUUCUCAGAGUGAGAAAAGCAAAGACUACUAACAGUUGAGAGAAGUAGGGUGUGGUUGUAUGGGCUGCUCUGUCUCCAAGAAGAAGAAGAAGAAUGCAAUGCGCCCGCCGGGAUAUGAGGAUCCCGACCUUCUUGCCUCCGUUACACCAUUUACGGUAGCAGAAGUGGAAGCUUUGUAUGAACUGUUUAAGAAGCUAAGCAGCUCAAUUAUCGAUGACGGUCUUAUUCAUAAGGAAGAAUUUCAGCUGGCUUUGUUCAGAAACAGGAACCGGAGGAAUCUCUUCGCUGAUCGGAUAUUUGAUGUAUUUGAUGUGAAGCGAAAUGGAGUGAUCGAGUUUGGGGAAUUUGUCCGGUCUUUAGGUGUUUUUCAUCCAAGCGCACCGGUCCAUGAAAAAAUCAAAUUUGCUUUUAAAUUAUACGAUUUACGACAAACUGGAUUCAUCGAGCGAGAAGAAUUGAACGAGAUGGUUAUUGCGCUACUUCAUGAAUCUGAACUAGUUGUUUCCGAAGAUAUGAUCGAAGUAAUGGUGGAUAAGGCUUUUGUUCAAGCAGACAGUAAAAACGACGGAAGAAUUGAUAUAGAUGAAUGGACAGAUUUUGUAUCCUUGAAUCCGUCGCUCAUCAAGAACAUGACUUUGCCAUAUCUAAAGGACAUAAAGGGAACUUUUCCAAGUUUUGUUUCAUCUUGUGAAGACGAAGAAUUGGAGUUGCAAAACCUAUAUUUCUAAAACAAUCCAUGCAAGGAAGAUAAAAGGCCAUCCUUGUCUCCUUCGUCACUGUUUUUUCAAUUUACAUUUCACAUUAUUGUACAAAAUCUUAGAUAAGAUAUAUAUAUAUAUAUAAGUUAGAAUUUGAAAAUGGUUCUUUAGGCCGGUCUUGGUAAGGAUCUUGGACUUGCCUUGUGUAUAUGCAUACUAUGCUAGAUUUAGUACUACCAACUACGUUUUAUGUGGAACAAUCCAAUUCACAUA